CCCCGGGGGGGUCCCGCCUCGCCGCCCGGCCCCUUCGCAUUGCGCAUGGGCCCUCCCCGCCGGGUGGCCAUGUUGCAGCCCUAGCAGGCGGCGCCGAGGCGGCGGGCAGCGCUGUGCACCGCUCCGCGAUGGCCGUGGCCGUGGGGAGACCGGCGAGCGAUGACCUUAGGAACCUGUCCCUCUCCGGCCAUGUGGGCUUCGACAGCCUCCCUGACCAGCUGGUCAACAAGUCAACGUCGCAGGGCUUCUGCUUCAACAUCCUCUGCGUGGGCGAAACUGGCAUCGGCAAGUCAACGUUGAUGGACACUCUGUUCAACACGAAGUUUGAAAGCGAACCUGCCACGCACAACGAGCCUGGCGUGAGAUUGAAAGCCAGGAGUUACGAGCUCCAGGAGAGUAACGUCCGUCUGAAGCUGACGAUUGUUGACACAGUUGGAUUUGGCGAUCAGAUUAACAAAGAUGACAGCUACAAGCCCAUAGUAGAAUACAUCGAUGCGCAGUUCGAAGCCUACUUGCAAGAAGAACUGAAGAUCAAACGCUCCCUGUUCAAUUACCAUGACACAAGGAUUCACGCCUGCCUGUAUUUCAUUGCGCCAACCGGACACUCGCUGAAGUCCCUAGACUUGGUCACCAUGAAGAAGCUCGACAGUAAGGUGAACAUCAUCCCCAUCAUUGCCAAGGCUGACACCAUUGCGAAAAACGAGUUGCACAAGUUCAAGAGUAAAAUCAUGAGUGAGCUGGUCAGCAACGGCGUCCAGAUCUACCAGUUCCCAACGGACGAAGAGACGGUGGCUGAGAUAAAUGCUACAAUGAGUGUCCACCUUCCGUUUGCCGUAGUUGGCAGCACCGAAGAAGUGAAGAUUGGCAACAAGAUGGCAAAAGCCAGGCAGUACCCAUGGGGUGUUGUGCAGGUUGAAAAUGAAAAUCACUGUGACUUUGUGAAGCUGCGGGAGAUGCUGAUCCGAGUGAACAUGGAGGACUUGAGAGAGCAGACGCACACCCGACACUAUGAGCUGUACAGGCGCUGCAAACUAGAAGAGAUGGGAUUCAAGGACACAGAUCCAGACAGUAAACCAUUCAGUCUCCAAGAGACUUACGAAGCGAAGAGGAAUGAAUUCCUGGGUGAACUCCAGAAGAAGGAGGAUGAAAUGAGACAGAUGUUUGUCAUGAGAGUGAAGGAAAAGGAAGCAGAGUUGAAAGAAGCAGAAAAAGAUCUCCAUGAGAAGUUUGACCAUCUAAAGAGGACUCACCAAGAAGAGAAGAAGAAAGUGGAAGAGAAAAAGGUGCAGCUUGAGGAAGAGCUGAACAACUUUCAAAAGAAGAAGGCAGCAGCUCAGCUAUUACAGUCACAGGCUCAGCAGGCAGGUUCUCAACAAACCAAGAAAGACAAGGACAAGAAAAAAAAUCCAGUCAUGAGGAACAUGCACGUGUUUAAGUAGUGUGUCCUUUCAGUGUCGCUCCACACCAGUGCAAGCUUCACAUAAAGCCUGUCAAGCCAAGGAUGUUCCUGCAUUCACCUGCUUUUGCAGUAAUGUGUCUCUGCCAUCUGUGUUUUUUUUUCAUAUUUUUUUUUUAACACAAAUAACUAUUAACGCAUCUAAUAACGUAGUGGGAGCAAGAAGGAAGAAGGGUUGGGUACAGGACUGCGUGCAACUGCAAAUUCAGGGAUGGGCAGACUGGGAAGGUAAUGAUACCAUGCAUUUUUUCUGGUCAAAACCAGCAGCAGUAAAUCAUUUUGGCCCUGGAUUUGAAUUGGGAGCAAGGACUGGACAUCAGCGAGCGUCGUUGACUGGAUCAGGUCGUAAAUGUUGCUGAUGCUGUCCUGCCUACCCCGAGGGCCAGCCGCGGUUCCCUGCGCUGAAUAGUGGCCCGCGCCCACAGAAGGCAGCCUCAGGGAGCUCCUGCCUGCUGCACCGUGGUUACCGCCCGGUCCGCGGCGCUGAGCCUUGCCAGACCCCGGGGUUUCAGUCCGGCCCUAAGGUGCGAGAGCAACGCGAGUCCCACUGUUGUAAGGGGGGGGGGGUACGUGUGUGUAGAUAACAAAAGUUAAACUGACCUUGCAUGCCAUUACAUUUGCAUGAUUUUUGUCGUCUUUUUUAAGUUACUGUUUUUGUUGUCUGACUGGAUAAUAUUAGUUGGCCUGGGUUCGUGCCAUGUCCUGGCGUAUUUUUGCAGUCACCCUUCCAGGCAAAGUGUAGUCACUACUUGCUGAAUGCGGCGGUGGCGCCUAGAGGAGGGAACUCUUCUCGUUACUGCUCUCCCCGCGUUGCUCCCCUGACCGUCAGCUUUGAAACCCGGCUUAAAACCGUACCUGGUUUCAAACGUAUCUGAUCCCAGCAGCCUUGUAGGAAAUCAAAACAGGCAGGCAAGGGCCACGGCAUAGUCUUCAACGGCCUCUUCCCGCUGUCGGGGGCGUUCCUGCGUGCACUUAAAUACCAGCUUGCUUAGUUGCAGGAUCCAGACCGUGGCGGGGGAGCCCCUGUUCACGUCAACCAGCAUUUGGCAGAUAAAACAGCUGAUUUAGGGCUCCGUCCCUGGAGUUGCCGCUCGUUUCCAGGGCAGCAAACGUGCUCGCUAAGUCCUGCUUGCCUACGAGGGCCGCCACGGUGCAUCGGAAAGGUAACGGCUCAACCCCGGGGUAGCUUUGUACGGCACGGGAAAAUUUGGGAUGAGCUCUCUUCCAGACGCUAGUUAGUGUUAAGGAGCAGCCGGAGGUUCGUUACCCGCUGAGAGCGACUUGGGCUCCUCCUGGGCAACAGACGGAGCAGCCGAGGAGGGAGAGACGGCGCCUGGAUCGCUCUACCUAUUUAACUUGUAUUUUCUGUGCCGCUGCUUUUCGGACAGAGUCUUUCCUUUCCUUCUCGUGAAGUGGCGAGCCAUGUUUACCCUCUGACUGCUGGAUUUCUUUCUCUUCCACUGCUGCACUGCCGGCAUUUCCACUGCUCCUAACUAGGUAGCCUCCUGUGUCUCUCUCUAAAGCACCCUUAAAAAUAACUCUCUUCACCUAGGUCUCAUGCACUCCAGUUCUUUGCUUGUUUCUGGGAUGGCGUUUCUUGCCUCUGAAUGAAUAAAGGCAGAAUUAUCACCUUUUCUUGAAGUGCCAGGUCAGCAAAGGUGGUUAGGGUCCUUUUUUUCCUUCUUCCUUGUUUUUUUUUGCCUUUUUUAACCCUCACUGCCUAAACAUGGCUUUUGGGAAGACCAUGUCGAAAUACGCUACCUUGGACAGAUGGCAAAAUUUGGCCAGAGAUAAAUAAGCUGGAAAUAAAAUAGUUGAGAAUUUCUCCCCACCACCACCCUUUUCUUUCUUUUGAAGUGCAUCUCCUGGUCCUAUCAACCAGGAUGCACAUUUGUCAGGUUAAAUAGUGUUGUUUUGUUUUGGUUUUAGGGGAGUUGCUUAGAAAAACAAAACAAAACCACGACCCUCGUGGCUUCUAGCAAACCCAACCUUCCUUCAAAUCUUGAGUUACCGGGGAAGCAAGCAGCGUUCUGGCACGAGUUUUGUGCCCUGCCAUCGUACGCGCACAUCUCAGGCUGAGGGCUUGUGGCAGGACGCUUUGCUUCAGCUGUCCCUGUGCACGUCCGCUUUUGAAUUACCAGCAUUUUGUGCCAAGUAGCAAACUGAAUUUUAACAUUUAUUUGUCCUGCUUCGUUUAACAGCCCUUCCGAGGGAUGUUUGGCAGGGGAAAUCAGCUGAGUCUAGCUAUUUUUGUUUUUGACAGAAAACCGUGGCCAAAUGCAUUAAUGUAUUUGUGGUUGGAUUUUGUCCUCCAGCUGAAAGCGAGCUGUUUUGGAGGAAUUGGGAAUAAAGCAUUAGUUUGCCAAAGUGAAAGGUAUUGCUUUGUUUUUUUUUUUUUGCUGAAGGAGAUGUUAAUGACCCUUUUUUUCCCUUAAACUCCUGGGCCAUGUUUAGCUUGUUUCUGCUGCAUCUCUUUCUUUUCUUUAUUUAUGCCUUUUUUCACAGUAGUCCCUGGUUCUGCAUGGAGUAAAUGAUACUCUCAAAUCUAGUUGGAUGUGCUUUCACCUUUGCAUGCAAGUACAGCAGUAAGAGCCGCCCUUUCUGCUCACUACUGAUAUGGAUAAACCAGCUGUUUUCUUGGGUUUUUCCUUUAAGUCCACUUACUUGCAAGUGGCAUUAUCAAAACCAUUUUAAAACUUUCUGGAAUAAUCAGACUUUGCUGACAUUUUGGAAAGAAGCCGAAGGGACCUGUCGUUCAGCUCCCGCUGAAUGUCACAGUGACCCUACGCAGCUGUGGUGCACGCUGGAGCCUAGCGAGCCGGGCUGGACGAACCGCUGUGCGGUCAAAAGCCUCGCUCGGGAGGUGCUGCAAACCUGAAUGCGCGCUAGCCAGCAGCAAUAACCAGCCGAUAGGUCUGCGUGGCCCCAGUGAGCUGGAUUUCAAGGCUUAGGAUGCUGUAAAUGAGCAGGAAAGCCCGAGGGAGCGUGCGUUUCGGGGCCGCGGCUCGCGCUGUCCUCUUGGUGCGGCUGCCCCGUCCCUCGACGGCAUCCAUCCCGUCAAGGGGCUCCAUCGCGUCGAGGGGUUUGGUAGCAGAGUCUCUCCUUAGGCAUGCUGUUCCUGUAACGUGGUCAGCAGCCCUCCAGGUAGUUCCCAUGUUGCUUCUCCUUUAUUUAAAAAAAAAAAAAAAAAAUCCAGUGAAAAUGGAAAUGUCUUUUUGUGUGUGAUCAUAUCAGACCUGUCUGUUUGAAUCCGAUCAUGAUUUGCCCUUCUAAGAUGUUAGAAGCGCUUAUUCCCGUCUCUUCUCCAAGGACCCUGGUUGCAUUUGCAGUAUCUAAUAUCUAUGACUCUCUAGUCGGCGUGUAUCAUCAUGGGACUAUACAAGUAUGAAGGUUUUUUUUUUUUUAAUUAAUGGAAAAAUAAAGCUGUGAACAGCGGUAGAAAUAUUGUAUUUGUAUACAUUUUUAAUAUCCUGAUUGCCUUAAACUAUAGAUGUAGAACUUUAUUACCUUGCUAUUCAAAAAUAACCCAUGUUUGUAACUAAAUAAUUGUGUAACCUACAUACAGUGUUAAUGCAAAAUUAUAUGUAUGCAUCUGUUAGAUAUUGUCACUUUAUUUGAUGUUAAAGUAUUUCAUUUUUUGAAUUACAAAUUGAAUAAUAACCUUAUAGCAUAAGCUCAGUUAUUUCUUGUAUAUGCUUUAGGUUACGUAUACAAAUAGUGCCAACACUUGAAGUGGGGAGAGGAAAUAUAUUUUUACCCAAA